AACAUAAUGAAAGCAAUAAUAUUUAUCAACAAAUGUCUACCACCAGUGAAAUAUAUCCCACGCAAAUGACCAGCAAUAGAUCAGUGUAUUCAGAACAAUAUUAUUAUCCUAAGGAAAAAAUUCAUAUCACAGAAAAUAAAUUAAGUAAUUGUCAUACCUAUGAAACAGCCGACCAACAACAGCAGCAGCUACAACAACAACAGCAACAACAUCAAUUGGGUCAACAAACAUUUGCUCAUAUUGGCACUUUAAGACGCAGUGGCAAUAAUCAACAAAGUAAUCGUUUUAAGGUCAUUAACACUCAGGCACAAAACUAUCAACUGCAUUUGGCCGACAACCAGCAACAAAAGCAACAACAACAGCAGCAGCAACAACAAAAACAAAAUACGCUUAACAAUAAUCAAAACUAUAAUACCCAAGACAUGAUUAGUAAAAAUUUAAUGGACUUAGAUGCUGGCUCUUUCUGUUACAAUGGCAUGGCCGAUUCGGGUUGUGGUGGUUCACCCUCACCCAUGGCCAUGCUAAUGUCGCAUGAUGAUGAAAUUGGUGAAGACCAGGCUCUAUAUCAUACAGCCGAUGGUGAUAAUGAAAGUGAUAUGGAACGUUUAUACGUUAAAGUGGAUGAGACACCACAACAGCAACAGCAAUUAAUACCCCUAACGCCUCAACAUCUUCCACAUCAAGUGACCAAUUCUCAUACACAUCAAGAAUCGAGUGUAACACAAAAUCAAUAUCAUAAUUGGCGUUCACACAAUAAUUCCUCAACACGUUCCAAUACCUCCUCGUCGGCUUCUUCAUCAUAUCAACGUAAUGCCAAUAUGCUUAAUAAUGCCCCAGCAAUAAACUCCACCUCAACAAACCCCGCCAUGGGAAGCUUAGAACAACAACAAACAGCACAAACAUCUUCACUACAAAUGCAUCACUUACAUCCGUUGCAUCAACAACAAGCCAGCAGUGAUUCAGAAAUGAUUUAUGCUCCCGGAGGCAGUAUGGCCAGUGAACGUAGUCUUUUAAGUAAUUCGGGUAGUUCAACGAGUGGUCCCUCUAAUGCACACAAUGUGUGA